AUGAGCUCAACAACAACAUCAGUCACCCCCUUCCUCAUGUUCGAAGGCGACGCCGAAGCCGCCCUGAAUUUCUAUGUCCAAACAAUCCCAGGAUCCAGCAUCAUCUCUAUUACGCGCUAUGGACCCGGAGAAGCAGGCACGGAAGGGAAGGUUUCCAUGGCUAGAGCGAAUAUCGGGGGAUCGCUUGAGGUUAUGGCGAUCGACAGCUACGUGAAGCACGCGUUCAAGUUCACCCCUUCGCUGUCGCUGUUUGUCAAGUUUACUGAAGAGCAUGGCGAUGAUGCGAUCGAUCGCAUUGUGCGUACUUUGAGUGACGGCGGGUCGGUGCUUAUGCCUGUGGACAACUAUGGGUUCAGUCGCCGGUUUGCGUGGGUGAACGAUCGAUUUGGAGUUUCGUGGCAGCUCAAUCUGGAAUGA